AUGGGAUUUGAGGGAGGAGGAGAUGCCACAGAGUGGACCUCCUGGUUCAAUGUGGACCACCCAGGAGGCGAGGGCGACUUCGAGAGCCUGGAGGCCAUCCGCUUCUACUACCGUGAGCGUGUAUGCCCACGGCCCCUGGCGCUGGAGGCCCGAACCACUGAGUGGGAGCUCCCCUGGGAUGUGGGUGAGCGGGUCCACUCCAGCCCCAGCAAGGGCUUCUGGUGUCUCAACCAGGAGCAGGCCGAGGGCAAGACUUGCUCCAACUACCACAUCCGCUUCAAGUGUCCACUGGAAGCCACCUGGAAUGAGUGGGGGGUCUGGGCCCCCUGUUCGAAGAGCUGCGGGGGAGGCCGUCGCCUUCGCCGCCGGACCUGCAGUAUAUCCAGCAAGAAGUCGGCUUGUGUCGGACACCCCACGGAAGUGCAGAAGUGCAUCCAGAGACCCUGCUCAGGGUGCCAGCUGAGCUGUGCCACAGGGGUGCCCAGCGAAGACUGCAGCACUUGUGUCUGUGAGGGACAUACCAUCGUGGGGACCAUCCUCACUCCAGCAGGGGUGGCUCUGCCUGAAGCCCGGGUGACCCUGAAGGGGCGUCCCCGGGCUGUCCUGGCCACGAGCGACCACCGGGGAAGUUUCCGUGUGUCGGGUGUCUGUUCCGACAGCCGGGCCAACAUCAGUGUGCAGCUGGAGGGCUUUGCUCCGGGCACCUCCCAGAUCGUCUCCAAUGGCUCCACCGUGGCUUCUGUGAAGGUCAUCCUCCGGAGAGUAGAGAAGCCCUAUCUCGUGAAGCACCCCGAGUCCAAGGUGCGAGAGGCCGGUCAGCAUGUGACUCUCUGCUGCAAAGCCCUGGGCACCCCCGUUCCCAAAAAAUAUUAUUGGUACCACAACGGGAGCCUCCUGGACAGGACGGCCUACAAGUAUGACAGCAGCCUGAUCCUGAGGCACCUGGAAGCUCAGCAGGCUGGCACGUAUCACUGCAAAGCCAGCAGUGAUGCUGGGGCCAUCCGGUCCUCAGCCGCUUACCUGACUGUGAUAGGCAAAGGGCAACCUGCCUGUGAUCCCCGGCCCCAAGAGCACCUCAUCAAGUUGCCCAAGGACUGUCUGCAAGCUGCCACGGGCUCCCACUACUACAACGUGGGCCGCUGCCCGGACAGCAAGUGUCCCGGAAAGCAAGAAUCCAGCCCACAGUGCCGGGAUAGUUCUGACCGCUGCUGCGCAGUGCGCCGCAUGGAGCUGAGGGAGAUCCAGUGCCCCGGCUAUGUCUUGCCCGUCAAGGCAGUGGCCGAGUGUGGCUGUGAGAAAUGCCCGGUGCCCAAAAUCCUCGUCCGCGGGCGGGUGACGGCGGCAGACACAGGGGAGCCCCUGCGUUUCGCCCAGGUCUUCCUGGGGAAAGAAAAGAUUGGCUUCACUGGCUACCAGGGGACCUUCACCAUCGAGGUGCCCCCAGACACAGAGCGGCUGGUGGUCCAGUUCGUCGAUCCGCUGCAGAGGUUUGUGGACACGGUCAAGGUCUUCCCCUUUGACCCACGGGGGGGUGCCGUGUACCAGGAGGUCAAGGUCAUGAGGAAGAAGGCGCCCGUGACCCUAGAUCCCACCCAGCUUAACAGGAUCCCCCUCGGGGAGGUGGAGGGGGCUGAGCUCGUGGGCGAGGUGGUGAUCCCUCCCCUCUCCUUCCGCCGGGCCGACGGGGAGGUGUACCGGGGACCAGUGCGGGCCAGCCUCACCUUCCUGGAUCCCCGCGACCUCCCCACGGCCGCCGCCGCCUCCAGCGACCUGAGCUUCGUCGAUGCCAACGGGGAGGCCGCGCCACUCAGGACCUACGGCAUGUUCUCGGUGGACCUGCGGGCCGAGGGCUCCAAUGAGGUCCUGCAGACUGGCCGGGUGGAGGUCCGCAUGGAUGCGGGCCAGAUCCAGAUGCCGGAGCAUGCCCAGACGAUGAAGCUCUGGUCCUUGAACCCCGAGACGGGCUUCUGGGAAGAGGAGAGUGACUUCCGCCCGGCCCCGCGGGCCCGGGGCAAACGGGAGGAGCGGACCUUCUUGGUCGGGAACCUGGAGAUCCGGGAGCGGCGUCUCUUCAAUUUGGACGUGCCAGAGCCCCGCCGCUGCUUUGUGAAGGUCCGGGCCUACAUCAAUGACAAGUUCGCCCCCAAUGAGCAGCUGGAAGGGGUGGUGGUCAGCCUGAUCAACCUGGAGCCCAUGGCCGGCUUCUCUGCCAACCCCCGGGCCUGGGGCCGCUUCGACAGCGCCAUCACAGGCCCUAAUGGAGCCUGCCUCCCUGCCUUCUGCGACAGCCAGCGGGCAGAUGCCUACACGGCCUACAUCACGGCAGCCCUGGGUGGAGAGGAGCUGGAGCCGGCGGCCUCGAGCCCGCGCCUCAACCCCAGCGCCGUGGGCGUCUCCCAGCCCUACCUAGGCAAGCUGCAGUACCAGCGGACGGACCACGACGACCCGAACUUGAAAAGAAAUGCGUUCCGCAUCAACCUGGCCAAGCCCAACCCCAACAACCUGGACGAGAUCAACGGUCCCCUCUACCCCUACAGCGGGCUGCGCGAGUGUGAGGAGGCUCCUGUCUCUGCCAACCACUUCCGUUUCUCCCGGGUGGAGGCGGACAAGUACGAGUACAACGUGGUGCCCUUCCGGGAGGGAGACCUGACGUCUUGGAGCGGGGAUUACCUCUCCUGGUGGCCCAACCCACAGGAGUUCAGGGCCUGCUUCAUCAAGGUCAAGAUCCAGGGUCCCCAGGAGUACAUGGUCCGGUCCCGGAAUGUAGGGGGCAGUCACCCCCGGACGCGGGGCCAACUGUACGGUCUGCGGGACACCCGCAGCGUGCGGGACCCAGAACGGUCCAACACUUCGGCCGCCUGUGUGGAGUUCAAAUGCAGCGGCAUGCUCUUUGACCAGAGCCUGGUGGACCGCACGCUGGUGUCCCUCAUCCCCCAGGGCAGCUGCCGCCGGACGGCCGUCAACGGCCUCCUAAGGGAGUACCUGAGCCGCCACCCUCCCGGGCCUCCCGACACCGACGACCUCUCGGCCUUCGAUAUGCUGGCCCCCGUCGACCCGCUGGGCCACAACUACGGCAUCUACACUGUCACCGACCAGAACCCCCGGCUGGCCAAGGAGAUCGCCAUCGGCCGCUGUUUCGACGGCACCUCUGACGGUUUCUCACGAGAGAUGAAGGCUGACGUGGGCACGGCCAUCACCUUCCACUGCCAGGAGCGGCCCGCCGGGCGCCAGAGCCUCUUCCGCCGCCUGCUCACCUCGCCCGCUGAUACCCUAGCAGAGAUCCGCCGCGAGAUGAGCGGCAGCGAGACGGGCGGCAACGAGCAGCGACGCGGCCCGGCUGGGGCAGUGGCCUUCCCUGUGGCUCUCAGGAACCCGCUCCCCUCCCAAACCCGCCGAGCCCUUGGUGGCCGGCGGAGGGUAGAAGCUCUCCGGGCCCGGCAGUGAGUUGACCCCUGGCCUGGGGACCCCAUUCCCCCCCACCCCCGCCAGUCUCCCCGUGCUGCUCCCUACCUCCUGGGAUCCCCACCUCCUUGAAUUCUCCCUUCCCACCCUGCAGGGCCCCUUGCUUAUUGCUUUGGAAAAAACUGGUUUCUCCCCAGGGGGGUGCCUCCAGGACCCCCAGGACACUCCACGAUCCCCAGCCAGAACCAGAGACCCCCAUCUCCAGUAUCUCCACCAGGAAUCGAGAGCUUCCUGGGCACCCUGUCCCCGGCCCCAGCGAAACGGGCGAGGUCUUUUCACCAGAGUGAAGUGCUCUGGUGCUUUUCACCAGAGUGAACUGGUUUCUCUCUCUUUCUCCCUCUCUCUUAAAAAUUUUUUGGCUCCGUUGGGGUUCUUUGUUUUAUAACCAGUAAGAGACAUUUCUUCUUGGCUUCACCCCCGGCAUCUCCUCCUGCCUCUCCACUCCAGCUCCCACUGCCGGGGCUCCUACCCUACCCUGCAGCCUCUCUGGGCCUGGUAAGUGGGCUAGCCCUUGCUUAGCUCUCUCUGCCAGCCGUGGGGCUGCUCGGAGUCUCAGACCUGUGCUUACUUCUUCCUUGGCUCUUCCCGCGCUCUGCCUCUAGUGCCCCCUCCCGCCAUCUGCCAGGCCAGAGUGGCUCAUAUGGUUCACUGACCACUAGGAUUGGGUUCCCAUCAGUCCAGUUUGGAAAGGCCCAGGAGACAAGCUGCGGGGGGGAGGUCAGUUGAGAAAAGGAACGGAAUCGACGGGAAACAGACUCCCCACCCACCCCGUUCGACAGUGACUUUGAAUCACUUUAAUGGGUUGAAAUCAGAGAAAGCCACUGUCGCUCUAAGGAAAUUCGGGCCCGGAGGAUCAGGGUUAGGGAUCAAGGGGCAGGUCCUGUUCAAGGCACAGCCUCAACCACUAGAGCUCAAGGGAGCGUCUCCUUGCAGCGGUAGCAGUAAUCAGGCUGAUUGUGUGCUUUGAAACGGGCCUAUGUCUCUCCAGUAGGUGGCAGUGGAGAGCGGCU